AAUGAAAGACCUCUUUCUGAUUAAAUCAUAAUUUGAAAAUGGCUUUGUUCAUCUUCUUUGCAUUAGCUCUUCCAAUCUUUCUCUUGUUUCUUCUCCAGAAGCACAAAACUAAUAAGAAUAAUCUUCUUCAUUUGCCACCUGGUCCUCGAGGCCUUCCCUUAAUAGGCAACUUACAUCAAUUUGAUAACUCAGCUCCUCAUCGUUAUCUAUGGCAACUCUCGCAAAAAUAUGGACCUUUAUUGUCUUUACGUCUAGGUUUCUUGCCAGUUUUAGUAGUUUCUUCAGCAAAUAUGGCUAAAGAAAUAUUGAAAACCCAUGAUCUUAUAUUUUGUAGCAGACCUUCCUUUCGUGGCCAGCAAAAAUUAUCUUAUGAUGGUUUAGACUUAGCUUUUGCACCUUAUAAUACUUACUGGAGAGAGAUGAGAAAAAUAUGUAUAGUUCAUCUCUUCAACUCUAAUAGAUCGCAAAGUUUCUAUCCCAUUAGGGAAUCUGAGGUUUCCCAUAUGAUUGAUAAGAUCUCAAAACUGGCUGCUGCUUCUAAACCUAUAAAUUUAUCUGAAGCCAUGAUGUGUCUUACAAGUACUAUAAUCUGUAGGGUUGCUUUUGGGAAGAGAUACGAGGAAGAAGUGGGAAAUAGUAAUACUGAAGGGAGCAGAUUUCAGGAGUUGCUUAAAGAAACUCAAGCUUUGUUUACAAGUUUUUUUGUUUCAGACUAUUUUCCUUUCUUGGGUUUUAUUGAUAAAUUCACUAGAUUAAUUCAUCGCCUAGAAAAGAACUUCAGGGAAUUUGAUAUUUUCUAUCAACAAAUAAUCCAAGAACACCUCGAUCCAAAUAGAUUAAAGCCUGAGCAAGAAGACAUACUUGAUGUCUUGCUUCAAAUCUGGAAGGAUCGUUCUUCCAAAACUGAUCUAACCUUGGAUCAUAUCAAAGCUUUGCUCAUGAACGUAUUUGUGGGCGGAACAGACACUAGUGCAGCUACUGUAGUUUGGGCCAUGACUUUCCUAAUGAAGAAUCCUCUAGCAAUGAAGAAAGCUCAGGAAGAAGUAAGGAGCGUUGUUGGAAAUAAAGGUUUUGUUAACGAAGAAGAUACUCAACACCUGUCUUACAUGAAAGCUGUUAUUAAAGAGACAAUGAGAUUGCAACCGACAGUUCCUUUGUUAAUCGCAAGAGAAUCAUCUCAAUACUGCUGUUUAGACGGACACGAUAUACCUGCUAAAACUGCAGUUUAUGUGAAUGCAUGGGCUAUUGGAAGAGAUCCUGAAGUCUGGGAAAACCCAGAAGAGUUUUGUCCUGAGAGAUUUGUGGGUAACUCCAUUGAUUUAAAAGGGCAAGAUUACGAGCUAAUACCUUUUGGAGCUGGAAGAAGAAUUUGUCCUGGAAUGUUUAUGGGACUAGCAAAUGUAGAGCUUUCUCUUGCUAAUUUACUCUACAAAUUCGACUGGGAAAUGCCUGUUGGGAUGAAGAAAGAAGACUUAGACAUGGAAGCACAGCCAGGUAUUACCAUGCACAAGAGAAAUGCUCUUUCUCUAAUGGCUAGAAAAUAUGUAUGAUACGUGGUUAAGGACACGUAAAUAGAUAAAUAAUUAGUUUCGGAAUUGGGCUUGAGAUAAAGGAAACUAACUGGUGAUAUUAGCGGAGGCCCAAAAAAUGUUUCUCUAAAAAUUAAAACUUGACGGUUUAAAUGGGCUGGGUGGCCUUUUUGCAUUGCAUUUUGUAUGACAUUAAUUAUUUUAGUAUAAAAACCCAUAAAAUAUUGUAAACCGUA